AUGAAAGUGGAGCUCAAUCCUAAUCAUCACCAUCAGGAUCAAGGGACCGAGACCGAGAUGUGCAGGACUAUCGAAGUCGUCGCCGGAGGCGUUGUGCUCUCUCCGGCGAAGCAAGUCGCCGGCGCCGACGACUGCGCCGACGACCUCUUCAUUCCGCCGCUCAACUUCUCCAUGGUCGAUAACGGCAUUUUCAGGUCCGGCUUCCCGGAGUCCGCCAACUUCUCCUUCCUCCAAACCCUAGGCCUCCGCUCCAUCAUAUGUCUGUGUCCAGAGCCGUAUCCAGAGGCGAACGUGGAGUUUUUAAAGUCCAAUGGGAUUAAGCUCUUUCAAUUUGGGAUUGAAGGCUACAAGGAGCCUUUUGUAAACAUCCCAGAGGAUAUAAUCCGUGAAGCGCUAAAAGUUGUCCUUGAUGUAAGGAAUCAUCCUGUCCUAAUUCAUUGUAAACGAGGGAAGCAUCGAACUGGUUGUCUCGUGGGAUGCUUGAGAAAAUUGCAGAGGUGGUGCCUGACAUCUGUUUUUGACGAAUACCAGCGGUUUGCAGCUGCGAAAGCCAGAGUUGCAGAUCAGAGGUUCAUGGAGAUGUUUGAUGUUUCUAGCUUGAAACAUCUACCGAUGCCAUUUUCAUGUUCAAAGAGGUAA